AUGCGGCAGGAAGCAGAGCGCCACAUGGCCAAAGAGCAGCAGCUGCUGCUGCAGUCGCAGCAGCAAGAAGAGCAGCAGCAGCAGCAGCAGCAGCAGCAGCAGCAUGAGACGCCAACGGUUCCCAGGCGCCCCAAGAAGACGGCAAUUUGCUUCCCAGAUGCAGCAGAGGAAGACGACGCAGCAGCAGCAGCAGCAGCGGCAGCACGCCGCAGCAGAUACCGCAAACCCACAGGACAUAUUUCAGUCAAGGACGUCGAACAAAGAAAAGGCGUCGCUGCAGCAGAUAUGUUGCGGGAGCUGCGGCGAGAGGUUGAGGAGCAGCAGCAGCAGCUUCUUCAGCAGCAGCAGCUGCUGCUGCAGCAGGAGGAGUCCUGCCGCCGCAGUUCGCUGAGGUCGAAGCAGAUUGAAGAGGCUUGCCACGUCACCUUUUCUCCAGAGCCUCCUCGUGUCGUUUCAGAUGUGCUGGACUCUCUCCACGUGGACUUUGACGGGCUGCCUCCCGAGGAAAUUCCAGACUUAGAAGAGACGCGGCAUUCUUUGUUUGGUGCUUCUGACGACGAAGCUGAGCAGCCAACGGCAGCAGCAGCAGCAGCAGCAGCAGCAGCAGCAGCAGCAGCAAAGGCAAGGCCUUCGGGGGCAUUCGCCGCAAAGCCACGGGCUGGUGGCCAGAAGACAGACGCAAAUUUUCAGACGACGAGGAGAAGCCCACAGUAG